AUGCUCUUCAAGGUGCAUGCGAACUCGAUCGAGUCGAACAACAGAAGACUUGGUCGAGCUAGAUUUCACCACCAGCAGAAAGAGAGGUCAGAGAACUCAGAGGGUACAAGAGAACCUGAGGUGCUUGUUACUGAAACCAUGGAUGUACCAGAGGGGAAUGGAAACCCUUUGGGUAAUGGACUCGGUCGAGCUAGGCAACCUCGACCGAUUGGUCUAGGAGAUGCUCCAAACCGCCAUCAACAAAGACAAGGGAUUGUCCCACCACCUGUGCAGAACCACAACUUUGAGAUCAAGCUGGAUGCCAUCAAGCUGAGACUCUUUCCUAUGUCUCUUGCUGACAAGGCUCACCAAUGGGAGAAGAGCCUGCCCCAUGGCACAAUCACCACUUGGGAUGAAUGCAAGAAGGCCUUUCUUGCUAAGUUUUUCUCCACCGGUCGCACAGCCAAGCUUAGGAGUGAGAUAUCCAGCUUCAUUCAGAGGAACAAUGAGACUUUUGCUGAGGCUUGGGAAAGAUUCAAGGGCUACACAAGUCAGUGCCCCCAUAUGGCUUCAACAAUGAGUCAUUGUCUCUACUCUCUAUAG